UCCCUUCUAGGUGAGAUGUCAGAAAAACUAAGGAGAUGCAGGAAGGAACUGACUGCAGCUAUAGACAGGGCAUUUGAAGAUCUCACAGCUCCUUUCUGUCUCUCAGAAGAUUGCAUCAAUAAACAGAAUUCAGACUUGCAGACCGAGACACCUUCCUCCUUGCCCCAAAUGAACAGAGUUAGUUACAGAAGAGAUCCUACUUCUACCUUAUCUUCCUAUCUCAACCAGUCUGCAGCAGUCUCCUGCGUGCUGGAAAAAAAGAAUCCUGUCUUCAUACCAAACCUUAUUCCAGUAAGCGUUGCCCAAAAUCCCUUAUGCCCAAAGAGAGAACCUUUAACAAGUAAGGAAAAUACUUGGCUACGUUCUUCCAUUUUUGUGUCUGACAGACAACUUCCAAGAACUCUGGGGGACAGAGAGAGAUGGAGGAAAGGGCAUGCGAGCAAAGAUGCUGAAAGAUGCAUGAAGUCAGAAGCAAACAUAGCUGUCCAUGUUGUCUCCCAAGACAUUCCGCAGGCUCUUCCUGACAAACCUGGGAACCCAAACAGUUGGGGUAUAGAGGAGUUAGCAGGCCAGCUGGCCCUAGUGAAUGAGUUAAGCAGAGUUCACAGGCGCUCAGGUGAGCCCCCCCUGAGAGAUGAUGUUUUAGCCAUCUUUAUGGAUGCGAGCAGCAGUUCUGAGACAAGGCACCGAAGACCAAACACUGAGGAUGAAGAGAUUAUCCAGACAGUGCUGGAUUUGGAAGAGGAUUACAGCACAGCCAUCUCUGCUCUGCACCAGCUGAACUAG